GUGUCAUGUGAAGUCCAUAGCUCGAAGAAGAGGAAAAGAACGGGACAAUGUUGCAACAAGAAAAAUGAGGCAAUGGAACUCGGCAAUAACCUUUACUUCCACAUGAAGACUGUCCAUUCCUGUCACUGUUCACUGACACCUGUUAAACAGUUCCUACCGACCUGGAAAGAUGGUGGUCACGGACAAGAGUUGCUGGACCACAGGACCAAAACAGACCACUAAGAAGCGAGCCCUUCGGCCUCAAAGUCUGCCUUCUCCAGCCCUCUGCUGUGCCUGUGGUCUGUGCAUCUUGCUGGCGGGGAUCAACAUCACCCUGGUGGGGGCGUUUGCCUUUGAAACCUUUAUGCCCACCAGGAACCCCCCCAUCGUCAUCGGACCCAUGCUCCUGCUGGUGGCGCUAUCUUUCUUCACAGCGUGCUGCGUGUGCAGCCGACGGCCCCCGGCCCAUCCCUCCCGCAAGGCCAAGGGGGCAGAGAGCUGGGGGCUGAUGCGGAUGGCGGGUGGUGCUGCCUUCGAGAUGGAGACGAGCGAGCACACGCUGCAGGAUACCACCGCCGUUCAGCUCAGCCCCACCAACUCCCCGAGCUCCUCUCACAAAUCCGGCUCCACCCAGGGGGACGGUGAUGGCCCGGCUCCCCGGCUCCACGACGACAGGCCUGCCUCAGGGUCUUGCGGACUGCCGAACGCAAAGACCUGUGACAGCAGUGCCAAUGCAGAAAACGUAUAGUCCUUACCCAACCGAGCAUGGACACGCUGUUGUCCGUUCGGGGGACAGUUAGGAAGCUGUUGUGAAUAGGUGUUCUUCUGGGGCUUUUAAAGCAUCUAUUCAUCAGUGUUGGUCAUGUACAACCAUACAGACUUGUUUGGGGGCUCUCCCAAGCUGGAACCACCUGAAUCACCAUUAGCUCCCUGUGUACAGAGCGCCCAGUUCUGGGAAUUCUGGCAUCGACGGCUUACUGUUGGUCUGGAUCCGUGAUGGGCCAGGAGUGAAGGAGUCAUGUCUGUGGUUUAGAACAUCCUCAGAGCAAUGGAAGAGCUCAUCAAAGAGGACCAUGGUCUCAGACCAUAACUAAACAUAUAAGUUAGAAGUGGAAAAAUCACAAACUACUGUGUGUGAAUUUGAAAUUCAUGGUGUUUAUUAUUUAUAGUUUUCAGCGUAAAUAAAUGCUUUUCUUGUACUUGUGUACGACGUAUUGCCUGACUGUUGUAAUAUUAUUGGGAUGUUGUUAGUAGUAGAUUAUUAAACAGCGGGACACCAGAGACCUUAAACAAAGUGCCUGUGUCACACACAUUGUUGAUCGCUGAUCACUGAAAUGUCCAUUGUUUACUGGUUUACAGUGCACAGUAAUGGAUUGUGCUAUUAGUGGAUGACUAUCCGAAAUGACUACAUGGAAAAAUAAGUUAUCAAAUUAGCGACUUCAGGCCUUUCUGUGAUGUGUUGUAGUGUACAAUGUGCAGUAUUUGUGAUUCACAUUGUUUUGAACUAAGCUCUGCUUGACAAACAUGUAUUUUGGUCCAUGCAGUGUCAUAUUUAAUGAGACCUUUUGCCCAUCUUCUUUGCUUUGUACAUGAUUAGGAGAAUAUUAAAAGGCCGUUCUUUGUUGUGUCAGGUGCAUUGUGUACAGUAUGAAGCCUUGAUCAUUGGUAUAUUAAUAUGACUUGACUUGACUUGGUAUAUUAAUGUGGAUCAUACUUUUUGUAAGUUGCAAUGAGGGAAUACUGCAAAAGGAAGUUAUUCAUUAGUUAUUAUUCAAAGGAAGUUAUUCAUUCAUUUUGUUUAGUCAGUCACCUGACUAAACAAAAUGCUAAAACCAAGUCGAUACAGGAUAUACGUUUGUUGUUGUUUAGAUGAACAGAAGUUAGGUUACUCUAUGUGAUGCUGUCUAA